AUGACCACCAUCCAUAGUCUGGACAGCAUCCCGCAGGAAGUCCUCGAGCAUAUCGCGUAUUACACCGCCACCGUCAACUUCCUCGGUCCGCCCUCCGCGCUCGUUCCUCUUCUCUCCACGAAUCGCCGCAUCUAUGCCGCCCUCGCUCUCGACAGAAAUCCCCACAUCUGGGCACGCAUUUUCUCGUACAAGUUCGACCUAGCCGCAGCACGCACCACCCCGCUUGCGAUCGCACAAGAACUCAAGAAGCGAUGUAUGGUCCUGCGCCGAUUACGGGCUAAGACAGAUACAUUGGCUCCGAUCUGGGAGCUUAGCUCGGGGCACUCGAGGCAGCUUAGUGAACUGCUAUGGACGGCCUACCUCAUGAUGCUCGAGAAUGACGGAAGGAACGAGCGCCAGCUCAGAGAAUACGCCCGGAUGGACGGCUGGCUGCGGACGUACCUGCUCGGCGAGAAUGGCGCGUCGCUCGUGCGGUCUACCGUCAAACGCGACGAAUGGCCAGUGGGGAACGAUGAGCGAAUAUCGUUGGCCUUGUGGUUGUUCUGGAUGCUCCUCAGGCCCGAGGAGUACAUGAUGGACGAAGCAGCCUUCCACAGCGCAAAUAGCGUCUUGAAGCUCAUCGCGCUCGGUGCACAUCACUACAGCCUCUGCACACCAUCCUGGGUCAAUUUCCACCCGAGCCUCAACCCGAAGGACGGCUCUGUACUGACGCACUACGGCAUGCCCUUACGCCUAGCCCCGCCCGCGCCCGCAUCUCCCGCCAUCCUCGCCUACCUCACCCUCGUCAACCAGCUCAGCGUCGCAUGGGACACCAUCAGCUACAUGAAGCCGCCUGACCCGACGCUCCCAGCGGUCCUGGGCGCGACCAGCACGGAGUGGGAAGCGGAGUGGUCGCGUGCGCUGGCGGGAGUGCGUGUUCGUGCCGGGCAGCUUGGACGGGUUCUGGGAGGGCUGUUCACGUACACGGAGUUCACCGCGUACGCGGCCCUGCUCUCGGGCGCGUCCCCCGCUGUGCUGGAGCGCAGCCUCGUCGCGCAGCACCCGCAGCUGUGGAAGCUCCGCGAGCACCAUCUGUACUACGAGGACGAGGACGGUCCGGCGGGGACGCGAGGAAGCGAUCCGCUUGUCCCGGGCAGUCCGCUGCUUGCGUAUCUGCCGGUAGGCGCGGAGGUGCACGAGGGCCCGAAUGGGCUGGAGGUGCGGACGCCUGGACGGGCACCGGUAGUGUACGAGACGUGGUCGCGGAUCCCGGAAAAGCAGCGCGGCGAGCGGAGGCUAUGCGACGUCAUCAUCACCGGCGAAGGGCACUCUGCGUGGGGCCAGUUCAGUCUGCUGGGGCGCGUGCGGCCGUGCGACGGGUUUUUGUGUCUGUCGAAGAACUAUGUGGAUGGGGAUCGUGGACGAUGGCUUUACAGAUCGUACCUUGUCGGGAACGAACACGGAAACUUGAGCGGGCGAUGGCGCGAUACCCUGAGCCCGGCGGAGGUGCUGGGGUAUGAAGGCUGCUUCAUGAUGAGUCGACGACGGUGAGGACCGCUAUCUACUAUGAAUGAUCUCCACUCCUUCCUGCUUGCACGUUGUCGUUCUCGGUCACUUGACUGUUGCCACUGAUACCCAGCGUGCUUUGCGUACAUUCUGCAUCUGCUCUCUGUCGUGCCCUGCGGCCGUGUUGUACUAACCUCAUAACGUGUGGCCUUACUUACUCGACAUGAUCGUCA